AGACGCAUAUCGCCCAUAGAUUCAAGCCGCGCGACCAGCGCUCGCUACGCCUUUGCAGUUUUUCUUUUUUUUUUAAGUUCAUAGUGCAUGUUUGUGGUUUUUAAUUUUGUGUUUGUGUGUUUUAGUUUUCGAAAUUGGAUUUGGAAUCUCUUCAGUUAACGAAUGAUUUGACACCAUGACGCUGUCGAACAGCCGCCAGCAGUUCCUGGCGUACGAAUCGCACGGCGACGACAUCCAAUACGGCCGCAGAGGGGGCAUGUUUGUCACCACCUGCGUCUGCGUCACGUUCAUACUGACCGCUGUGAUGGCCGCCGUCCUCGUCGGCGUUAUAACCUACUUCAUUACGUUUUUUAAGCUCUCUAAUGCUAAGCCAGCGGAAUUCUGGGAUGACGCUGAACUCUUCACUCAGAGCAGUUCCCCGUCGCCAGACCUUCGACUGCCACCCACCGUAGUUCCCAGUUUCUACAGACUGAAACUCAUAACGGACUUAGGAAACUCCAACUUCAGUGGUGAAGUCUACAUAACCAUAAGAGCUAGUCAGAAAGUCAAAGAAAUUAUACUACACUCAAAGAAUCUCAGUAUUAAUGAUAAUGCUACUCUUACUGAACAAAUAUAUGAGAAAGUUGAGACGAUACACCGUUCGAGACGCCAAGCGGAAAAUGCACCUUUUCCUGAAACAAACGCCACAGUUACAGAGUCAUCUACAAUCAAGAAUGAUACAGCAUUUUUAAAAGUGGAAAGUGAAAACGUAACUCUACAUACUUCUGAAGCUGAAACUGUUUUAACGGAAGCUCCAACUACUGUGAAUCCUGCAACACCCGAGGUUGUCCCUGAUCCAACAUCACCCGCCGUUGAUACACAAGUGACCCACAGUAGUGUGCGUAACAUUAAGAUACUCUCAAUCACACAAGUGUCAGGAGACAGGCUAAUCUUGAGAUUAGCUACUUCUCUGACACCAAAUGUAGAUUACACUCUCCAACUUUCCUUCAAAGGAGCUAUCUCAAAUUCGAUGACUGGUUUUUACAAAAGCACAUAUGAAAAUAGCAAAAAUGAAAUCAAUAAGUUGGGUGUUACCCAGUUCGAGCCCACAUCGGCCAGGGCAGCUUUCCCCUGCUUCGACGAGCCAGCUUUCAAAGCCAAGUUUGAGAUCAGCAUCGCACACCCAAAGAAUCUCACUGUGCUUUCUAAUAUGAAGGUUGCCACUCAGGAAGAUAUGCCACAAAAAGAAUCUUGGCAGUGGACACACUUCGAAAGAUCUGUCAACAUGUCGACAUACCUAGUUGCAUACGUAAUUUCCGACUUUAAAUCCCUCGAAACUAGUUACUUGAGCAAGGACAACGUAACCAAGACUAUAAGGAUAUGGACCAGGCCCGAAUUGAUACAGAAAGCGAACUAUGCGUUGAAAAUUACACCGGAACUUUUGAGAUAUUACGAAGACGUUUUUGGUGUGCCUUAUGCGUUGGAGAAGAUUGAUCUGAUUGCUAUUCCUGACUUCUCAAGCGGUGCUAUGGAGAAUUGGGGGUUGAUUACGUUCAGAGAAACGACGCUGCUGUUCUCGUCGGCGGACGGGGUGCCGCGCGACCGGCAGAAUGUGGCGAUCGACGUGGCGCACGAGCUGGCGCACCAGUGGUUCGGCAACCUCGUCACCAUGGCCUGGUGGACCGACCUCUGGCUCAACGAGGGGUUCGCCACUUACAUCGAGUAUGUCGGCGUCGAUCAUAUCGAACCCGAAUGGAACAUGUUAGAAUCCCUCACUAGGGACAAAAUGGAUCUCCUCCGCUCUGACGCCUUGAAGAACACCUCUCCGGUGUCCCGCAGAGUGGUCGACGCUUCCGAAAUAUCGCAGAAGUUCGAUGAGAUCUCGUACACGAAGGGGGCCAAUCUGAUCAGGAUGUUGAAUCACACGAUCAGCGAGGAACUGUUCAGGAAAGGAUUGGUGCAUUAUCUCAAUCAGUGGAAAUACACAAACGCAGAAGAGAACGACCUAUGGGAAGCGAUGUCGACAGCCACGUCAUCCUCGCCAGAGUUCAGCGACCUCUCGCUAGUGCAGUUCAUGAACACCUGGACGCGGCAAGCGGGGUACCCGGUACUCAAUGUUAAGAGGGAUUACGUCAAUGGAGAAGUUGAAUUCAAUCAGCGAUUAUUCACAAGCAGCAAAUCCCCUUACCAAAGCAUGGUGGACCAACUGUGGCAGAUUCCCAUAAGCUACACGACCGUGGAUGCCCCGUUAGCAAACUGGACCACGAAACCGAAGAUUUGGCUGAAGGAGAGGUCGAGGACGUUCGCACUGCCAAUUGACAAGGAGCAACCGUUGUAUGUCAACGUGGAUUCUGUCGGCUACUAUCGCGUAAACUACGACAAGAGAAACUGGGAGCUUUUAAGCAAAGCCCUCAAAUCCGGCCAAGUGAAAGCUCCAAUCACGAAAGCUCAGCUUAUCGACGACGCUUUCAAUCUGGCCAAAAUUGACCAAUUAGACUACAGUUACGCACUAGGGUUAACCACUUGUGUUAUGAAUGGCGAGGACUCCAAAAUCGUAUGGGACUUGCUCCUUAAUAAUAUGGCCUUUUUGAAACACAAUUUGAAGACCACGUCGGGAUAUGUAUAUUUUCAGGAUUACAUGAGAAUGAUUCUGAAAACCCAAUUAUCCCGGCUCAACUUCGGUCUGAACAAGCCGAAGGACGACAACGAAGCUUUCCUCAUUGAGAAUCUCGUCAUGUGGGAGUGCUUCAUGGAGUCACCCAGGUGUUUAGACUGGGCCAAGGCGGAGUUCGAGAAAUGGGUCGCGAAGAGAAAUUUGGGAGAAAAUCCAAUCCCAAGUUACCUCCGUUCUUUAGUCUACAACAUCGCGCUAAAACACGGCACUCGACGAGAGUUUGACAUAAUUUGGGACGAAUUCAUGAAUUCCACAGAUCCCAAUGUUAAGAGUUUACUGAUUAACAGUCUACCGUCUACCAGGGAGGAAGGGCUUAUUACUACUUUACUAGAGAAAAGCCUAACAGACAUACCGAAGCAAUACGCCGUGGCGGUGUGGAGUGUGGAGUCCUCGGUCGGCACCCGCAUCGCCCAGGACUUCCUCGUCGAGAACUUCGAUAAAGUUUACGCGAAAUUCACCGAAAUGGACGCUUUCAUGUUCUCGAACGUUCUCAACGGCGCUUUCGGGUUUAUUGCCACUACUAAUGAAUUGAAUAAGUUGAAAUCGUUCGCAAUGCAGCACAAAGACAAGUUGCUGCCAAUGUCCCAGACGCUCCAAAAACUGGUCGACACAGCCACGCUCCGUAUAGACUGGGUGCAGCGACACGCGAAGGAAAUCAACCAGUGGUUCGAGGAUUACGUCAAAGGUAAAAUUGAAGGAAACGAAACCAACGGACAAAACGAACCAAUUAACAGUGCCAACAUAACAAUUGUUCCCGACAGCAGCGCCAACAUAACAGAAUUUGUUCCCGAUAACAAUGCCAACAUUAAGGAAAAAAUCAAUGCCAAUAUUACGGACGUCGUUCCCGAAAGUGGUGCCAACAAAAUAGACAUUGUAAGCAGUACCAACAUAACAAAUAGUGAUGUUACCGAGCUUCCCAAAGAAUUGAAUAGUUCAACUACUGCAGCUAGUCUGUAGUCGAAAAUGUAUUUUUAUUGGAUAAAAAUUUCUGAGGCAAAAGUAAUUAAGUCGUAGUAUGUGUCAAAUAGGUGCGAAGUUUUCACUGUCGCUUUAUUUUAUCGUGUCCGAGCACAAUAUUAUUAUUAAUCAAUAAUUUUCAACGUAUAUAACAAAAAUAAUUAGUUUGAUCACACUAAAUAAUCAUCAAAAUUUUACAUCCUUACAAAUUUUAUAUUAGCCAAUACGAAUACGUCACGAAUAUUCUCCGAUAUAAUUUUAAAAAAGUUUGUAUAAAAUAAUAAAACUUUACAUUCUAGUCGAAAUCUCGUACUGUUUCUAUAUUAUUUGUACAUAAUAAGCAAAACAGUAGGACCGAUAUUUGACUUUAUUUAUUAAUUAAUUUUAUUAAUUUUAAUUUAUACGAAAUGAAAGUGUGGGUAACACUCAAAAAUAAUAACACAAUUUAAUCAAAUAGUGAGAAUUAAAAAAAAAUUAAUCUAAUAUAAGUAAUAUAGCGGAUAUUAUUGAAAUAAACACAUAUUUUUAUCAUAUAUAUUUUUGUCACAUUGUAUUUAUUUUUUGUUAUUAUGUUUAUAUAUUUUUGAGUGAAUUUUGAAGUACUUAUACCAAAUUUUAAUUUUGUAUUAAGAAUUAUUAAGUGUUUUCUGUCAGUAUAAUGUGUAAUUUUAUCCUGAACAUUUAUAUGUUAGUUGCCAAUCUCAUUUAAAAAUAAUUGAUAAUUAUUAGGGUUUAAAUUUUAAAACCUUUGAAUUUAUACUUAAUUUCUCUGUGCAAUUUAAUAAUUUAUACACUUUAUUUAUAUAAAACUGAAGUUUGUAUACUUUUCUGUGCUAAGCUUUUACAUAAUGUUAAAAAAUUAAAAUUUUACCUUGAAUACAUCGCAUUAAUUAAAGAUCACAAUCUCAAAUAUGCUAUUUUAUUAACUAUACAGUAGAAAGUACGUGAUAUCAAUGUAUCAGUUCCUAUUUUUAGUGUGUAACUUCAGUAAAUGUAUUGCAAAAUGAUUUCUCAAAUUAAAAUCUAAAUUAUUGGUUUGCUUAAUACAAUUCUAAUCUAAAACUAAGCAUUGGUACAAAACAUUGUCAAUAUUAGAACAUUGAGUUCUUAGUAUACUAUAUUUUUAAGAGCAGAUAUAUGUAUAAUUUUGACACCGUUUUGUAAUAAGGCUGUUUAUAUUUAAACAAGUAUGUUUUGUCCGUGUUCAAUAUUAGUGAAAUAAAUAAUUUCUAUUCUUA